AUGUAGCUAAACAGUGAAAGAGAAAGUGAGAGUGUAGUUGAGCUGUUGUUUUUGUAUCUCUACAAUCGAGCAGUAAAAUGGCAGAAGCCAGAAUUUUUCAGGAUGAGUUCUUGUGUCGAGUGUGUCAGGAUCUCCUGAAGGAUCCAGUGACCAUCCAGUGUGGACACAGUUACUGUAAGAGCUGUAUUACAGACUGCUGGGAUCAGGAGGAUCAGAAGAGAGUCUACAGCUGUCUUCAGUGCAGACAGACCUUCAGUCCAAGACCUGCUUUAGCUAGAGACACCAUGCUGGCUGAAGUGGUGGAGAAACUGAAGAAGAGGAUACGUCCUGCUGACUGUUACGCUGGAGCUGGAGAUGUGCAGUGUGACGUCUGUACUGGAAGAAAAUACAAAGCCGUCAAGUCCUGUCUGAUGUGUGUGAACUCUUACUGUCAGAAUCACCUUGAAGAACACAAGAGUUGGUUUAAAGGAAAGAGACACAAAGUGAUUGAAGCCACUGGACGACUGCAGGAGAUGAUCUGCCAGAAACACAAGAAGAUCCUUGAAGUUUUCUGCUGCACUGACCAGAAAUGUAUAUGUAUGCUGUGUACAAUAGAUGGACAUAAAAACCAUGACACUGUAUCAGCUGCAGCAAAGAGGACAGAGAAACAGCACCAGCUGAAGGAGACACAGAAGACGCUCCAGCAGAGAAUCCAGCAGAGAGAGAAAGAUCUCCAGCAGCUGAGAGAGACUGUGGAGUCUCAGAAGCGCUCUGCACAGACAGCAGUGGAGGACAGUGAGAAGAUCUUUACUGAGCUCAUCCGCUCCAUUGAAAGACGCUGCUCUGAGCUGAUACGGCUGAUCAGAGAUCAGGAAAAGACUGCAGUGAGUCGAGCUGAAGAACGACUGGAGCGACUGGAGCAGGAGAUCAAUGAUCUGAGGAGGAGAGACGCUGAGCUGGAGCAGCUUUCACACACACAGGAUCACAUCCAGUUCCUGCAGAGUUUCCAGUCUCCCUCAGCACUUCCUGAAUCUACAGAUGAAAAUAAAGAUCUCCUGAGUUCUCUCUUCUCUUCUGAUGGUCUGAGAGAAUCUGUCCAUCAACUGAGAGACAAACUGGAGGAUUUCUGCAAAGAGGAGCUCAAGAAGAUCUCAGACAGAGUCACAUUCACCAACACGGUUCCCAGAACCAGGGACAACUUCUUACAAUAUUCCCAUCAGCUCACUCUGGAUCCAAACACAGCCCAUAAAAACCUCUGUCUGUCCGAGAACAACAGAGUGAUGAUUCACACACACAGAGAGCAGUCGUAUCCUGAUCAUCCAGACAGAUUUGAUGUGUAUCGUCAGGUGUUGUGUAGAGAGAGUGUGUGUGGACGCUGUUACUGGGAGAUUGAGUGGAGGGGAAAUAAUGGUGUGCGUAUAUCAGUGUCAUAUAGUAGCAUCAACAGGAAGGUAGGUGUUGAGUGUUUGUUUGGAUCUAAUGAUCAAUCCUGGAGUUUGAUUUGCACUCCCUCGAGGUACUCAUUUUGGCACAAUAAGACACACACUGUUCUCUCUGUGGAGUCCAUCAGCAGUAGAAUAGGAGUGUAUGUAGAUCACAGAGCAGGAACUCUGUCCUUCUACAGCGUCUCUGACACAAUGAGUCUCAUCCACACAGUCCAGACCACAUUCACUCAGACGCUCUACCCUGGGUUUGGAUUUGGACCUGGAUCAUCUGUGAAACUCAUCCGUGUUGAUGAAUCAGAUUAGAUUGACAAGAGAUUCUACCCGUAAUGCUUUGAUGCAUGAUAAAUUAGUAACAGUGAGAUAUUAUUAAGUCUUUCCUUUUCUCUUCAUGACAUUUAUACUACAGUGAAAUAACAUGUAUGCAAAAUACUUAUAUAGGCAGUAAAAUGCAUGUGUGAGACCUGCUGAGUGACCGUGUGUUUCUGUGCUUAUCUCAACCUCUGUUUGUGUUGAUUUAGUUUUUGAUGUAGUGUCAAACCUAUCAUUUUCUUAUCACUAUAAUAAAUCGAGCGCAGCGUCAGUUCAGUCAGGCCACGGAGGCAAGGCUGUGAACAGCUGAUGCGGUCAGCUGUCAAAUCGCUCCAAUCACCACCUCUCUCCUAUUAGACACGGGACCUAUAUAUACGUGGCACUACGGCUUGGUAAGUAUGCUCAACGGCUCGCAAAUAUUGCGAUACAGCUUAAACAGCAUGAGAAUUAAGUUUAUGUCAUUCUUUACACUUCUUACUUGCUGCUUCCUGGUCAUGGAUACUUCGGACAUCUUAGUACAAAUCCUUUCCGAAGAAUCUCCGGACGAAAUCCCGGAUCAUGGCACGGAAGACAUCGAUCCAACCCUGCUAGUAAGACGCAGCUCCAGGAUCGCAGCGAGGAAUCCGUUUGCCAUCACUGAAUGGCCUAUAGAAAGGAUUUUGUCCACCUUAUACACUCUGAACAUGCAAGUGCCUCUGAAUCUGGAUCACGAUCAGCUCCUGACUCUAUUACAAGAAGUCAAUCAAGACCCGCAGCCCCCAUCCACCAACGUACCAUCUUCUCUUCCCCGGUCUACCGGCCAUAAAGCCACGGAAAAAAGAAAAAAUAUCUCCACCAAUCAAGCGGAUCCAACUCCAAAAAAAGGAAAAACAGCAAGUGCCUCUUUCGCUGCAGUACAAGGAGAAGACAAGAUUCUAUCAGCGCUGCUCUCAAUUCAAGGAACCCUUUCCGCCAUGGACAACAGGAUCCAGGCGCUGGAAUCACAGCGCUCUUCUCCUGCACCACAGGCGGGCAUCUACGGACAGACUUCCAGCUUAACAUCUAACCGCGCUAUUUCCCCCGACUUAGCGCUUCCUAGUUGAUCUCUCGGAUCAGCGCUACCCGCCGCUUCCACUGGACUGCCCUUUUUCCCCCCAGCAGCUGCUGUCUCUCCUCAUCUGCACGCUCAAAUCCUGUCAGG